CCUGUGAUGUUUUUAAAGCCUGCAGGGAGUCAAUGAAAACCAACGGAGGAAGCGUUUCCAGCCGAUGCAGUUCCCUGUUCUCAGUGACAGCUGAGUGGAAACUCCAUCCGGAGCAGGAAGAGUCGGAUGUCUGCCGCAGCAAACUGCAGCUGUUCAGCCUGGCAGGAGGAGCCAGCAGGACUAACCUCAGAGGAGUCAUCCCGCUGUUGAAGGUCCUAGACCAGACACUAAACUCUCCUCCUGUAGUCAGCGACAGCCUCCUUCAUGAAUUGCUUAAAGAUGCACUAACAGGAACCAACAGGACAUUUCUCAUCUACUGCAUCAACCCUCACGGUUUCCUUGAUGAUGAAACUCAAUCUGCUUUACAUUUGGCUCAGAAAGUGAGGGGAUUAGUUACUAAACCCACUUCUGUUUGCUGGAAUCCGAGGACAAUUGAGCAAGAGCUUCGUGAAAGGAUCACGGAGCUACAAAAUGUGGUACUGCUAGGGGAGAGUGAGGUACAGAGCAUUUACAAGUUAGCUCAGCUGACUCAGAAUCUGAAGAUAGUGAAACAUCAGUCGUGGGAGAAGAGGAGAGAGGAGUCAGAGAGAAUAAAAGCCAAAAUUAAGAAAUCAUCAAUCAGCAGCCAACAACUUUCUGUAGAUUGUCUCAUGAAAGAGAAAGGAAGUACAGAAACAGCUAAAUAUCUGCAGGAAAAGUUGAGACAAGAAAUGGAGGAACACAUCAGAGAAGGUAAAGGGAGCGCAGAAAAGGUCCAGGAGCGGGUAACCAGAAUCCAACAGCUGAAGGAAGCUCUGAGAGAGGAAACACUGAAGAAUGGGAAUGUUUCAGUAAAGGCCCAAUUCUGUCAACAAGUAAUGUACAUUGUCUCAAAUUUUGCAUUGUUUAUGUUGUCCACUGAUCAAGCUCAGGUACUCAAUUUCUAUUUCCAGUUUAGAUGGAUUGAGCCAUUUAUCUUAAAGCUAGAAACAUGAACGGAAAACCAGAAAUUUGCCAUUUACAAUUAUUAAUGUUUUGGUCACUUAAACACAACAUUUUCAAUGACUAUUUUUGAUCUAUUCUUGAUUUCUUUCAGAAAAAUCUAACAUAUUUUCGCUGUUAAUCAAAAGUUUCUGCUGAGAAAAUGUAUGCACUUUUGCCACAAUAAUUUGUAAAAAUUUACAACCUCACUAACUUUUCUGUCUGAGUUUAUGCCUAGUCUUUAUAGCAUCAAGCUUUAAAAACUAAAACCUACAUAUUACAGGUAUUUCUAACAUUAAGAAGCAUAAAAUGGUGACAUAUUUUCCUGGAGUCUUAGUAAAACAGAUGUCCUUGUGAGUAGGCUACCUCGCAGCAUGACAUCAUCAGCUUUACCAUAAUGGAGUACCAGUAUAGUUCUGACAAAAAUAAUCUUUUUCUGGUGUAAGGGUUCUUUCAAUCUGGUCUGACAAACUUUUUACAUGGUGUAUCAUUAAGAAAACCUUCCAUAUGCGACUUUGUCGCAUAGCCUAAUUUUAGAGGGAGGGAUCUUUUUCGGGUCUUACUCAAAAAGGUGAGAUCGACUCAUAAAUCGUUUAGUCUGGUUUUAAGACGCCUAUAGUGAUCAAUGCUCAACACUGUUUCACUGUGACGGCAUAGAUAACUUUGUAGCUGUCACUCUAGCCUGGUUACUUAUUUUCUUCUUUUACCAGGAGUGUC